AAUUAAUCCUUCUUGGUCUCCGCUGAGCCUAAGCUUCUGGAUUUAGGUCUUUCUCGCAUUUUCAAAUCCAAAAAUCAAUACACUUGACUUGAUCUAUCCUUCUUCUUCUUCUUCUUCCUCUUCCAAGGCCCAAUCUAAAGCAAUCGAUUAGGGGUUCCCAUAUGCUGCUUCUGUCUCCAAUUCUCUGCCAUUUUUUUACUAGUUAAACUUUAAAUCCUCACUUUAUGAACUUCAAUUGUGAAAACAAGGAAAUGACGGGUCGUUCCUUACCGCAUGAUCGAAAUUCUGACAAACAUCAUGCUUCCAGUAAUUCUCUUCGAAGUAGUAGAAAUGCUUUGAGUUUGUUGGUGCGGAGAGAGAUUUGUCCUAAGACAAAGCAUGUACCCAAAAGGCGGUGGGGAGAAACUUCUCGAUGGAAUGCUAAUUCUUCACCUAUGCCCAAAAGCGAACCAGCACGAGAUGCAAAACGUGGUCUUAUUUCAUGGGUUGAGGCUGAAUCCUUGCGGCAUUUAUCUGCCAAGUAUUGUCCCUUAGUACCUCCUCCAAGGUCAACUAUUGCAGCAGCAUUUAGUCCUGAUGGGAGAACACUUGCUUCUACUCAUGGUGAUCACACUGUGAAGAUAAUUGAUUGUCAAACUGGAAACUGCUUAAAGGUGUUGACUGGUCAUCGGAGGACUCCUUGGGUGGUUAGGUUUCAUCCGUUGCAGCCUGAAAUUCUUGCAAGUGGGAGCUUGGACUAUGAGGUUCGCCUAUGGGAUGCAAACACAUCAGAGUGUAUAGGAUCUCGUGAUUUCUAUCGUCCUAUAGCUUCCAUUGCUUUUCAUGCUGAAGGGGAAUUGCUUGCAGUUGCAUCAGGUCACAAGUUGUACAUAUGGCACUAUAAUAGGAGAGGGGAGGCUUCCUCACCAACCAUUGUAUUGAAGACAAGGCGUUCUCUUCGAGCAGUGCAUUUUCACCCGCAUGCUGCUCCCUUUCUCUUGACUGCUGAGGUCAAUGAUCUUGACUCUUCAGAUUCCUCGAUGACACGGGCAACUUCUCCAGGGUACCUAAGAUACCCUCCUCCUGCUGUUUUUAUGGCAAAUGCUCAGUCUAGUGAACGUGUUAGUUUGGCUGCUGAACUACCUCUCAUGUCCUUCCCUUUCUUGUUCAUGCCUUCAUUCUCUAUGGUUGACACUAGAACAGAUGUUAAUAGACAUGUUGGUUCGAGCAUAAUGCAAGUGGAAUCAUCCAGUUCAAGACAGUUGCAGUCAGAUGCAAAUGCAGCAGAGAACUAUGAUACUUUAGUUUCUCCCAUGGAGACCUUCCCUGUGGUUCCUUCCAGUAGAGAAGGUACAGUGAGUAAUCCUUUCCCUUCUGGAAUGAGAAGUGGGCUUGCCGACUCCAUGUUAGAUGCCAUGGAGACUGAUGAAAUGCAGCCUUUAGGGGGAAACCAUACUGACCCAGAAACUUCUGCCUCUGGUAAUAACAUGGUGCAUGGAGAAUCUGGAAAUAUUUCAGUUAGGCAGCAGUCCACAGAGGCUGGGCAACUUCAUCAGCAUUUAUCCUCCAGAGAACCAACUUGGUGGGAGCUACGCUUUUUGCAAGGAUGGUUAAUGGGUCAAAGCCAAGCUGGUGUUCCAUCAGUGCUUCCUCUUAACAGCGGUGGUCGUGAAUAUUCAUCCCAGUUUACAGGUUCCUCCUCAACAUCGUAUCCAUCUAAUCACAAUAUGGAGACUGCAGUGGCUACUUUAGCAAUGCCUACUAGCCUCUCUGGGGUUUCUGGGAGAAGCUUGCAACAUAACGUUCCACCUAUUCGCUUUUCUGGGGAGAGUGCAGCACCCAUGAACAUGCAACACGAUGUCACUGAUAAUCAGCCCAUAUUUAACAGAAUCCAGUCUGAAAUUGCCACAUCACUGGCAGCUGCUGCUGCGGAGUUGCCUUGUACUGUAAAGCUCAGGGUGUGGUCGCAUGAUAUACAAAAUCCUUGUGCCCCACUCAAUGCCCAAAGAUGUCGUUUAACCAUACCUCAUGCCGUCCUAUGUAGUGAAAUGGGUGCUCAUUUUUCACCUUGUGGAAGAUACUUAGCUGCCUGUGUUGCUUGUAUGCUUCCUAAUAUGGAAACCGACCCUGGAUUACAAACUUUAGUUCAACAAGAUACUGGAACUGCAACUUCGCCUACUCGACACCCAAUCUCGGCACGCCAAGUUAUGUAUGAGCUUCGCAUAUAUUCCCUGGAGGAGGCAACUUUUGGUUCAGUUCUUGUAUCCCGAGCCAUCAGAGCUGCUCAUUGUUUGACUUCAAUCCAGUUUUCACCAACGUCUGAGCAUAUAUUACUGGCUUAUGGACGACGUCAUGGAUCCCUUCUUAAAAGCAUUGUUAUUGAUGGGGAAACAACAUCUCCUAUUUAUACAGUUUUAGAGGUUUACAGAGUUUCGGAUAUGGAAUUGGUGAGAGUUCUUCCUAGUGCAGAGGAUGAGGUCAAUGUUGCUUGCUUUCAUCCUUUUGCUGGGGGAGGCCUUGUUUAUGGAACUAAGGAAGGGAAACUUAGGGUCCUCCAAUAUGACGGUGCUCAUGGUGUAAAUUGCACUGGAUCAAAUUAUUCUCCAGAAGUUAACUUGGCUGAGGUAGAUUGAUCUGGAAGGUUCAGACAUAUGCAGUGGAGGGUUAGAAACCUGCUGUUACGCUUCGCGUGGGUGAACUGUGAAAACCAACCUAGAUGUUCUACACAUGCUUCAUGCGAUGGAAGAAGAGACUUGGUUAUGGAUGAUGCAAAUAGAAACACAUGGGUGAGUUUGAAUACACUUAACAACCAGAGUCUUGGCUACUGACAGCAAUCUUGAUCGUACCUGGUUUGAAUCAGAUGUUGCCAACUGUUGGAUUCUUUCACUUGCCCAUUCCCAACCACACCCUACAGCACCAAAACUCUAGAAAUGCAUUAUAACUUUAAUGUUCUGAAACUGUCCUAGUAAUGAACUAAUACAAGUUUGCUUGCUUUCAA